AUGGUCAACUUAAAUAGAUGGAUUAAUGAAGUAUCGGACGAUACAAGAGUAUCGAAGUUGUCAAUCCCAGCCAGUCACCAAUCUUUUUGCUACCAUACUGCGUUACCUAGUGUGCAAUGUCAAGGUGCAAGUGUAACCAAACAAUUGGAACAUGGAAUUAGGUUUCUUGAUGUAAGAUUGGGAAGAUUAUUUACAGGUGAAACCAAAACAGAUGGAUUACAAGUUGUUCAUUCAAAGUUUCCAGUAAAAAUUCCAUUUCCAUUGAAAUUUAAAGAUGCAUUGGAUGACGUUUAUGAAUUUCUUUCCAAAAAUCCUAGCGAAACUGUUAUUGUUUCAAUUAAACAAGAAGGAAGUGAUGAUUGGGAUAAUAAAAAUGAUGAAUUUGGUAAAGUGAUUUGGGAUCAAUAUGUUAAUCCAAAUAAGGAUAAAUGGUAUUUGGGCACAGAUAUACCAAGAGUUGGAGAUGCUAGAGGUAAAAUCAUUUUAUUUAGAAGAUUUGGAGUUCAAGAUGAAAAUUUAAGAAAUCAAUUUGGUUUUGAUGCUCCUUUUUGGCAAUAUAAUACUACUGCAGAUGAUAGAGGACAUGUUGUAGCUCAAGAUUUUUGUGAAAUAACCUCUGAAAAUUUAAAUGAUAAGGUUAGAUAUGUUAAAGAUUUCGCUAAAAAGGCUCAAGAAUAUAAUAGUACAAAUGAUGAUAAAUUAUUUGUUAAUUUCACAUCAGGAUCUAAUUUUUUUGAUAAGAAUUGUUGGCCAGAACCUGUUUCAAAGGCAAUGGUAGAAGGAAAAAUUGAUGAAUCGUUCCAUAAAGGUUGUGGUAUCAUUGUUUUGGAUUAUGCUGAAGCUAACGACUGGAAAUUAGUAAAAGAAUUGGUGAAUUCAAAUUUUUGA